GAUACAUCACAGAAAGUUUUAGUGGCAAGUCCUCUUGAUCAUUCCCAUGUCCCCACGGUUCCUACUGCCACCGAGUCAAAGACGCACAAUGGCAUAUCCACAGGAAAGCUGCGCGCACAUUUCAUGCUCGACAUGCCGCAUCAUGAGUACAUCUUUCCGACAGGAGGAGCUAUCAAUGCAACCAUGGUAGAAAUACUUGUUCUACUCCCUCAUUGGUUUCGCAAUCCCCAAAUCUUGAUGCGCUUCUUGAACAACGGCCUCACGUCCAACAUCCACAUCACGAUCAUGGAAGAAUACCGUAAACUCGAGCUUAACACAGGCGAGGAAAUAGAGCGCGCCCGUGACUACAUUGCCGACUCAUAUCGUAAGGCUAUGCGGAAGAUUGUGCCCUCAUGGUUAAGACGCAAUCAUAAGGCACCAGAAGAUUGGGACGCGACCGUGAUGUCUAUUGAAAACGUCAUUCCUGAAGCAGCAACGAAAAGUGGAUAUGUAGCACCAGCAUCUAUUCCAUUCAAAGAUCUUGGAGUCGGACUGAAGAAGCUGCCUCAAGGCUAUGAUGCUGGAGAUCUCACACGUGCGCUCGACUACGCGAUGCAGAACGGCAAGCCUGGUAAAGACGGAACCACUACUGAGUUCAUGUUCCCAGACGACAUUCACAUAAUUUUGAAUCACAUCGGGAGGACUGAGAUUACGGUCACCCACCUCGACACCCACGCCGUCCCCCGGUAUGUCACUAUGGUUCGUGCCACAGAGCAAGCACGCCGCAAGAAAAUUGCUGAUGGUAGAAUGCAAAGGCAACCCAAGGUGGAGUCUAUCCAAAAACCUAUGGAUGUGCCUCAGUCACCUCAGCAACCUGGAUCAAGUCAACAGGCACAGAUGCCGCCACCACCUGAGACCAUGUCAACCCACUUCCAACUUCAGCAGACGCACUCCACUACCAUGACCUUCUCAAACGUACAGACCAACCUCCCAUAUAGAGGCAUGGGUAUC